GUAGGCCCAACUCAUACCCCAACAUAAAACUCUGAAAUACCAAAUAUACCCUCCCUCUCUAAAUCCCUUUCCUCUUUAGUCUCGCCACCGGUCCAGUACUAGUCCCCUCCUAUCUCAACAUUUCCACACACACACACACUAGUACACUACACGUCACACACACACCACAAUGACAUCCAACCUCCGCCACCUCAUUACCACCACCCUCCUCCUCCUCAUAGCGUCCGCCACUGGCGGGGAUCUCCCGGUGUUCCGAGAGGCCCCUGCAUUCCGAAACGGCAGAGAAUGCUCCAAAACGACAUGGUGCCCUUCCCAACCCUCCACCGCCACCAACAACAAUAACCCAUUAUCGUCGACCAUCCACAUAGCCAUGACCCUCGACGCCACCUACCUCCGAGGCUCCAUCGCCGGAGUCUUCUCCGUCCUCCAACACGCCACCUGCCCGGAGAACAUUGUCUUCCACUUCCUCGCCGCACACCGCCGCGCCGACCUCCGCCGCACCAUCCUCACAACCUUCCCUUACCUAACCUUCCGCCUCUACCACUUCGACACCAACCUCGUCCACGGCAAGAUCUCCGCCUCCAUCCGCCGCGCGCUCGACCAACCCCUCAACUACGCCCGCAUAUACCUCGCCGAGCUCCUCCCCUCCUCCGUCAACCGUAUCAUCUACUUCGACUCCGACCUCAUCGUCGUCGACGACGUCUCCAAGCUCUGGAGCAUCAAUCUCAACUCCCACGUCCUCGGCGCACCCGAAUAUUGCCACGCCAAUUUCACCCAUUACUUCAAUCACAAAUUCUGGACCAACCCAUUGUUCAAAACCGCUUUCAGAGAUCGGAAUCCGUGCUAUUUCAACACCGGAGUGAUGGUGAUCGAUGUAGAGAAAUGGAGGGAAGGUAGGUACACCGAUAAGCUCGAGAAUUGGAUGAGGAUUCAGAAGAGAUACAGAAUAUAUGAAUUGGGUUCGUUGCCGCCGUUUCUGCUAGUGUUCGCCGGAAAUGUGGAGAGGGUUGAGCACCGAUGGAACCAACACGGGCUCGGUGGGGACAAUCUUGAAGGGUUGUGUAGAGAUCUGCAUCCGGGUCCGGUGAGUCUGCUACAUUGGAGCGGGAAGGGGAAGCCAUGGCUGAGAUUGGAUUCAAAGAAGCCGUGUCCGUUGGAUGGAUUGUGGGCACCGUACGAUCUGUUCCGUCACGCGUCGUUGUUUUCAGACAGUUGAUUCGCCGGAGAAGAAAAGAGGAACCGUGUCUGCUGUGAAAAGACGAAAGAGGACAAAACUGUGGGGGACAAAAAUUUUGACGUGGGAGAAGGGGUAUUUUGGGGAUUGGAAAAAAUUUUAUGUGGUGCAGUGGUGUCGCCGGCGGUUAUGGUGAGGUGGUGGUGGUGGUGGUGGUGUGGUGGAGGAGGACCGGUGGUGAGGAUGGUUGGUGCCUUGAUGUAAUAAUAAGUAAAUAGUACAGUUUUUGGCAGUGGUUGGAUUUGAAAAGAUUUUGCUUAGCUAAAGUGUGCUUUACUUUUGUUGGUGGGAGGAUUUUAAGGCCUUUUUGUAUAAUUUGAUCAAAUUCAUUUUGUUUGAUUAAUUUCUGUAAUUUUGUAUUAAAAAAAUAUAUGUAAUUUUGUAUUUACAUUUUA